GAUGUGGCUGGGGGCUGACGUCGGGUCCAGAUGUGGCCCCGGCCCCGCCCACCCCCGGGGCCGGGCCGCCCACACCGAGCCGCGGCGCGCACGGCAGCUGUCCCGCCUGCCACAAUGCGCGGCGAAGCUGUGGCCGCGACUUGGCGCGGUCGUCCCUAACGUCGCCGCUCGGCAUCCUUAGGACAGGCCGCCGCUGACGCCGCGCGGGGAACCCACUGGCCCGUGCCCCCCCCCCAUGCGUUCACUCUUCGGUGCCCGGCCAGGCCGGCGCCUCACGGACGCGGAGCCGCGCGGGUGACGGCAGAGGCGGCUGCGCGCCCAGCCUAGCCCAGCCCGAGGAGAGGGCGCGCCGCGCCCCCGCCCCCCGCCCGCUCUCCGGAGACCGUGGGUGCGGAUGCGCCGCUGACGACUCGCCACGACGAGCACUGCCGCCGGCCGGAGCCUGCAGCAUGGCAGCCGCCGCCUAUGUGGACCACUUCGCCGCCGAGUGCCUCGUGUCCAUGUCAAGCCGCGCGGUCGUGCACGGGCCGCGGGAGGGGCCGGAAUCCCGGCCCGAGGGCGCGGCCGUCGCCGCCACCCCCACGCUGCCCCGUGUCGAGGAGCGCCGCGACGGCAAGGACAGCGCUUCGCUCUUCGUGGUGGCGCGGAUCCUAGCGGACCUCAACCAGCAAGCGCCGGCGCCCGCCCCGGGGGAGCGCAGGGAGGGCGCCGCGGCCCGCAAGGCUAGGACCCCCUGUCGCCUGCCGCCCGCGCCGCCGCCGGUCCCCGAGCCUGCCUACCCGGGCGGCGAAGGCACUGCAGCCGCGCCCCCCAGCCCGGCGUGGAGCGAGCCUGAGCCCGAGGCAGGGUUGGAGCCCGAGCGGGAGCCGGGGCCCGCGGGGAGCGGCGAGCCCGGCCUCAGACAAAGGGGUCGGCGGAGCCGAAGCCGUGCCGACCUCGAGUCCCCGCAGAGAAAGCACAAGUGCCACUACGUGGGCUGUGAGAAAGUUUACGGGAAAUCCUCGCACCUCAAGGCGCACCUGAGAACUCACACAGGUGAGAGGCCCUUCGCCUGCAGCUGGCAGGACUGCAACAAGAAGUUCGCGCGCUCCGACGAGCUGGCGCGGCACUACCGCACGCACACGGGCGAGAAGAAGUUCAGCUGCCCCAUCUGCGAGAAGCGCUUCAUGCGCAGCGACCACCUGACGAAGCACGCGCGCCGCCACGCCAACUUCCACCCGGGCAUGCUGCAGCGGCGCGGCGGCGGCUCGCGGACCGGCUCGCUCAGCGACUACAGCCGCUCGGACGCCAGCAGCCCCACCAUCAGCCCCGCCAGCUCCCCCUGAGCCCCGCUCCGCGCCUGCCGCCGCCCGCCGCCCCGCCCUCCCUUUUGUAAUAAGGAAGAAGAGAGAACUUCAGGAGAAGUCCACGAAAAAACACUUUCUUCACCUCAGGUGUCAAAGUAAAUUUGUAAAAAAAUCAAAAAGCAAAAAAAAUUUCCCAAAACACCUUCCACAAAUUGCACAAUAGACAUGCCCACGAAGUUGAGAUUCAGCGGUGUUGAACCCCCAUUCUCAGGGAUGGACACGUUCCACGAGGUCAGUGAGGACACCCCUUCCUGCCGCCUUACUCUGUACAUAGAUUUGCACUCUGGAGUUUUCUGUCCAGGAACACAGUGGGGACAGAGCAGGCCAACUAGGCCAGGUGGCACUGGGCAUCCGUCUUGCCGGUCGGCUGGUCAGUUGGGAGCAGACGUGGUCACGGACGUUUGUGGUCCUCAGUGGCAGGCGUUCCCCGUCUUCCUGCCUGCGGCCCAGCUCUGGCCGCACAGGCCUGGCUGGGUGACCACGCAGCUGUUUCUGGGGAAACAGGCCCCCUUAGAGGUGCCUUAAGCUGUGGCGCCAAGGACCACCUGCCUCUCAGACUGUGGAGGGGGCAGGUGCCCUCUGGGGCCCUGCCUGCCUUGCUCCCUGCCCCAGGAGACCCCUGGUGGCCCCUCGGAGCACUGGAAGCUGAGCUACAAGCCCUGGCUGGGCCCACUGCUGCACAGCCCAGCCCGGCGAGGCAGGGGCCUGGGAUAUGCCUGCCCGGGACCCCAUUGCUCUGUGUCCCUACAGAAGGCACAUGGAGCCCCUUUGCUAUCAUACCAUGUUCUCCGAUGGGGAUUCUGGUCUUCUAAAAAGAUGGCAGAAAGUCUCAUUGGCGCAUCCAGUUCCGGAGUUCUCCCCCAUGGGGCUGCCGUCCAGGCACCUUUGUUUGAAACUAUGGGUGAGGUCAUGGGGUUGCCUCAUCGGAGGGUCUUUGUGAGCGGCCGAGCUUGUGGCAGUGCUUUCGGUACUUCGUAGAGACCCUUCUGUAGCAAGAGACCGGAACAUUGUGACUUGGAACUUUUUAGGAGUGGCACAGCGGAUGUUAUAGGAAAUGCUGUCGGGGAACAUAUGUGUGUGUUGUUUCCUCCCCAGGGAACACCAGACAGAAAGUUGUGGGAAACAUUUUUCUCAGACCCACCGUGUCCCCAGCACAGACUCAGCAAAUCUCCAGCCUCCCCAUGUCCCCUGGAUCCCUCAUCCCUUUCCCUGCAGCUUCUCCCUGCCCUGCCCGGGAGGCCCCAGGCCACACCCAGUCUGUGGCACAUUAGGACUGCUGAGGGUGCCCCAUGGCUAGCCUUUUCCUGGUAGGAGAGGGGGAGCAGAGAGCUGGGGUGCUUGCUCCCAUAGCCCUGGCCUGAGCUAGCUGGGGUUCGAGCCCUGGGCCAGAUCGGUCAAGCCAUGGUCCAGCAAGUUCCUCUGCAGACACCUGGGGUGUCCACCCCAGCCUGCAGCCCAGGCACCACCUUCCCUUCCUCCUGAGAGUUGGGGCCUGUACAUACAAGGUCCCAGGAUAGAGUAUGUGUGUGUGUGUAUGUGUAUAUAUGUGUGUGUGUGUGUGUGUGUGUGUGUGUUGGUGGGGGUGGGUGGGUUUGGGGAAGACUUGGGUUAUCUUGUAGAGAUACCCAUUUCAGUGGGUACUCAUUUUGUUGAGAAACGGCCCUUGGGACCUCAGAGGGCCAUAGGUGGGCUUCCUGGGCCCAGAGUGCCUUGGUUGUGGCCAUCCUGCUUCCACUGGCCCUGCCACGGCAUGGGGUGCGCAUAGAGAAGCCACAGAGACCCAGGCCCAGCCAGUACCCACAGCCUCUGGCCGCUGUUUCUGGCUGGCUCCAGAGUGGAUGGGUGCCCUCUGUCCACAGCAGCUGCGCAGGUGGCAGUGUGUUCCAGGUGCCCGUUUCUAACUACCAUGUGUCAGCUGAGAUCAGCUAAUGGCAUGGUGGUGGCUUCGGAGUAGCACAGUGGGCACUGCAUGGUGGUAGGAAGGGGUAGCCCCCAUCCUGGUCAGAUGCAGAGCUGGCCAGCCUGGGUGCCAUGUUGCACUGGGGCUCUAGGACAGCCCUGCUUGCAUUUGGUCUGGGAGAGAGAGUUGAUAUGCAGUAGGGACCUUGACAGAAGAGAGCCCUGGGUGCUUGGGGUGCAAAGAUCUUCAUGCCCGGUUCCAAAGUGAGGUCCCUCCCAAAGUUGUUUCCGUGUGAGGCAGAGAAAGCCACACUCUGAACACAUUUCAUGUCUCAGGAAUUCACAUUCCAGGUUCAGGAAUUUUAUUCCAAAGUCCUUUGGUGCACUCACCGUCCAGGGUUCCGGAAGGCAGGGAGAGGGAGCGGCGUGUCCCCGGAGGCACUCCGCGGGAGAAGCCAGUGCUCUUGAGAUCUGGAUCUGCCCACGGUGUCUCGGGAGGAGGUUUCCUAACUCCACAUUGUCUGCACAUAGGAAGGGAAAGAAAGGACUCCAAACCCAGUCAUCUUGGAAUAAAAAAAAUAGAGCUGGUUUGUUUUAGAGCAGGGUGGGGGGUGGGGGAGGGAAGUGGGUGUUGGCUGUUUCCAAAGAGAGCACUUAAUUUAAUUUUUCCUCUAAAUGACCCAGGGCUGUUCCGUCUGAUAGAUGGAAGGGUAACAUUGCCUUAAAACAGAAAUAUGCAGGAGUUGGCUAUUUUUGGCAAAUGAGUGUGUCUUCAUUCCCAAAGUGGUUCUCGUGUAAUGUCAGGGUGCGGUCCUUAGGCCCAGCCUGGCCUGGGAAGUGGGGACAGGGCACCAGGAGGGAAUUCCCGCUGGGCAUUCCUGGCCAGACCCUCUUGAAUCAUCUGGGGCUUAAAUUCAUCUCACUUGAAAGGGGGAGGGGGGAUCCAUAAAUCUCAGGCUCAGUUCAGAUGGUUUCUCACUAGCAGGUUUCCAUCUCAUCGUGAAAUGGGGGGGUGCCUGUGUAAGAGGGUGGUGGGCCUCGGAACGCCGCACCCACUGAAGCAGUUACACAGGCAGGACCCUCCUGAAACAGCCUUCGUUUUCUUCUAACGUGUAGAAUGUCUUCCCAGCCUGGGUCUAUUUCAGGGUCUUUCAUUUUUGUGGUUUAUGGCCAUGCUUGCCGGUUUCGGUGGGUUUAAGGAACCCAUAGGGCUUGUAGAAAUAAUAGUGAAAACUCGAGUCUUUAUUUUGGGGCAGACUUCGGUUCUAGCGGGCCACAGGGGCAGAGAUCUCAAAGUGAAGGUCGCCUGAGUGAAGGGAGAGUUCCCUACAAAAAGGCCUAAAAUUGACUCUGGGCUCAGCCAUCAAGGGCGGGGUGUUCAGUUCAUGUCCCGAACAAGAAAGCCCCUCUUUGCAUCAGCCAUAUUAGGGGAACACUGGCAGCUCCCCAAAUGCCUACUGAAUCCUACAGCCAUACAGAAAAACACAGACGAACACAGCCCUUUCCACAAAGAGCCCUGGAGUCCUCUCCUGCUGGGUGCUAUGUAGGAGCGGGCAGUGAUGCCCUUGAAGGGAACGUGGUCCUGGAGGUGCCUUCCUGUGUCCCACUGCACCCACAGCACUUGAGGUGCAAAAUCCCGUCUCCCCGACUUUAUUCCAAGGCCAUGCGUCUGUGCAGGUGCAGGAUUUACCACAGUGCAGCCUCCAGGUAGAAGCACCUGUGUCCCUGUGACCCCAGCCAGGCUUCACCACGCCCUGGGCCACUGCUCAGCCCAGUGAGGGGAGAUGCAGGGGUGGGGUGGGCAGCGAGGCUGGCCUCUGCUACGGUGGACUGCACAGGGUCCUAGCACUCCCUGGGGACCUCGUUCAGGACCUCGGCUGUGCCACCCAAGAGGAAGAUGUGAUCUGAGCAAUAGCAUGGCCUCAUUUCUGGGCUCCUGGUUGUGGCUGUGUUUACAAGGCUACCUGAUUAUUUUGACUUCUGAUAGAUGUCACUUUUUCUUUUUGUUUUUUAAACCCACCAUUUAAAGAAGGUCAUUUAGUCAAAGACACAGUGCUAGAAGGUGUAGAGGGUGUGAUGUGUUGGUCACAUUGUAACCAGUAAGAAAUGCUUUGUAAAGUUAUCCACAUCUUUUCCUGUCCAAAGUUUCCAUAUGCGAUUCUGGUGACCAUAUUUUCCAAAGCUGAAAUGGAGAUGUAGGCUGAUGGUUUUUGAAUUCAGGAUCACCUCGGGGAGAACCAGGUCCUAUGAUUCUGAUUUCCUGAUUCUGAGGCUUUGAAGUUUUGUCCUACACACAUUCCAGAGAAUUUUGUACCAGAAUUUGGAUGUACAAUCCAGCUUACUACUGAUAAAGGCCUGUACACCCUUCGGGGCGAGGCCCUUCCUCCUGCCUGCUGUCCCAGCCCUCCCCAGUCGGAAGAGUUGAAUGUGGCAGGAGACAGGAGCCUGUGUCCACGCUUGGUUUCUACUGACCCCUUAUCAAGAUGACUUGCAGUGUGGCUACCUGGCCCUGCCCAGCCUCUCCCUUUCUCAUACAGCUUUAAAACUUUACUACUUUUAUUUAAAAAUAAACAGGCUGGGAGAAAAGUAGCGUCCCCUGCCCUGCAAGUCAUGCCUUCCAGGGUGGGGAGUGGAGUGGAGGCAGGAAGGCCUGGGGGUGGGCGUGCAAACAGCUUUCCCCCAGGGCUCGGCCUUGUUCCCUGGCCUCUUCCAGAGGACCUGCUGACAGGCCACUGUGCACGCUCAUUUGGAAACCAAGUGUGUGAGCUGAAUACCUACAAGGACACUCACUCAGCACAACAGCUGGCCUUAGCUGGCCGGCUCCCUCCCCAGGCUGCCCUCCCAGAGGAGCAAGGGGAGCGGCUUCCCAGCGUGGCUCAGACCCCAUGCGGGGUCACAGCCCCAGUGUCCAUUCCAGGUCAGGGUGCCUGACUCUGGGUGUGUGAGUGGAGACUUUGCUCCCUGGCCUCACCCUAGAGAGGCCCCUUGUGCCGAGUGCUGGGGACCCGGGGCUCUGCACAAGGGGAGCUUUCUCCUGAGUAUCUGUACAGUGUCCGGCUAGGGCUUGCUGUGGCUCCUUGGUGGCCGGGAAUUGUUUGUGUGGGUACAUUGGAUGCAUACAGCGGGGUCUCAGCUGCUCCAGGUCCACACAGGCGACCCCUUCCCAUCCAAAGUCAUUGGAGGAGCUUCUCUGGAAUCGUUUGCCAAAAGCCCAAGGCAGAAUCCAAGGGUCCAAGACCAUUUCCAUGGAGCUCGUGUUUUCCUUUUCCAUAGGAACUUUUUUUUUUUAACCAGCACCCAACCAUGCUUCCGAAGGCCACGUUUCAUCCUUCCUGGAUCACUACAGUGAAGUAUUACAGUUGUACAGUUCCCAGUCUGGCCUUGGCUUGCUUGGAUAAAACUUUGUAUGUAUUUUGUAUGGCAUAGAUUCUAUAUUGUAAUGAUGUCCUAUGCAAAAGAAAAAAAUUAACGAAAUUGUAAAUUUUAUUGUUUUAACGUGUAUGCAUGUUUAGUGACGUUUACAUUUUGAAAUAAAAUUUAUGAUUCAUUAUUAUA